AUGCCGUGCGAUACGCAAACGAAUUUCUUUGAUUUGGUUGUUAGAUCUCCUGCGUACGUGUGGCAAAGAAAAGAAGAAUUGGAAUGGCUCAUCGGUCCUGAAUGUACCUGGAAUUAUCUCGCCAUUUUCUUCCCUAUCAAAAAUCCCAAUGGGACAGUAGACAACCGAACCAAAGACGUUUUGGAUGUUGAAAAUGCUGAUAAUCAAGGCAUUAAUGACAAUGAAGCAAGCAGUGAAAUGCUCCCUCCAAAUCAAAAAAGUGCUAAGAAAAAGAAAAUAGAUUAUGACAAUCCAAUGGUAAAGAGUGCAUAUGAACUUUUGAAGAAAACAGCGGACAAUGAUGACCCGUACACAAGUUAUGGAUUGCAUAUUGCCAACGAACUAAAAAAAUACGAUAAAGGUACCUUGGCCUGUGUCAAACAUGCCAUUAAUAAUAUAAUAUUCCAGGCAGAUAUGGGAAAUGAUUCACCAAAUGUCUAUUUUCCACGUGAAUAUUACAAUGAGCCACAACAAUAUGGGUAUACUACAAGUACAUCAACUGUUUCAUCGCCACCUGCGCCACCGUCACCAACUUUGGAAUCGACUAAUCGACCAUCACCAGCAGAAACAUCAAAUGCUGAUAACCAAUUCGCUGAAUCGGAAUCGCUGUUAACCUCUCAGAAUUUUCUUAACAUUUAA